UGAUUUUCUGCAAGGAUUCACAUUAACACGGUAUAUGAUAAGUUUUUUGGGCACCUAGAACCGCGUGAAAAAUUCACCGACGAAUUGUCGCGUUGAAAUCUAAGCGCGUCGAUACAAAAACCUACAAACCAAAAAGCCAUAGCGAGCCGCAUCGAAAGGAAUCGUGAUCCUUAGCUUGUACGAAAACACACCUGUAGCGGUCCAAAGAAGCGAUUCGUUCCAGUCGAAAAAAGAAGCGCAGGAAAUAAUGAGGUUCCUUUUUUCAGCCAGCAGAUCGAUGCGGAACAAAGUUCUUGUUGGAAUUGCUUAAAAGGAAAGAAACGAAAAAGUAUAUACGCUCGAAAUACUUUGACCACUACUGUACAGCGGGUCGCCAUCCGAUGUUUACUUAUUCGCGACGUUCGUUCUCUCUGCCCUUGAGUUCACAACAAGCGCUCGUCGACGUGCAUUCAAAAUGUCAAAAACGGUUCCCAGUGUUAGUCUCGGUAAUGGGUACAAAAUUCCCGGGCUUGGAUAUGGAACGUAUCUGGCCAAACAGGGCCAGGGAAUCGACUUGGUGAAAAAGGCAAUCGACGCUGGCUACAGGCAUAUCGACACUGCCUUCCUGUACGAGAAUGAGGUCGAAGUAGGCGAGGCGAUACGAGCCAAAAUCGCCGAAGGCGUCGUGAAGCGGGAGGAAAUGUUCGUUACAUCCAAGCUCUGGAACACUUUCCACCGGCCGGAACACGUAGCCGAAGCAUUCCGGCGGUCGUUCGAUAUGCUCGACGUCGGUUACAUCGAUCUGUACCUGAUGCAUUCGCCCAUGGGGUUGCAGUUUCAGGGCUACGAGUACGGAGAUAUGCAACCGAAGGAUGCCACAGGGCAGAUGCUAUUCGGGGAGAUUGACUAUGUCGAAACGUGGAAAAGCAUGGAGCAGCUGGUGAAGAGCGGCAAAGUACGCAGCAUCGGUUUGUCAAAUUUCAACAGUGAACAGAUUGCUCGAAUUUUGGAAUUCACCGAGAUAAAACCGGUCACCAACCAGAUCGAAGUGAAUCCAGGCUGCAAUCAGAAGCGGUUGAUAGAGUUUUGCAAGGCUCGCGGUAUAACGGUGACGGCCUUCGGGCCAAUGGGUCGUCCUCAUCGGUUAACCUAUGGGAACAAAUCGGCACUCGGAGAUCCACGGGUAGUAGAGAUUGGACAAAAAUAUGGUAAAACCGAUGGUCAGGUUAUUCUCAGGUAUUUGAUUCAAUCAGGUACAAUUCCCAUUCCAUACUCAACGAAAGAGGAACGAAUUCGGCAGAAUAUCGAUGUGUUUGAUUUUUCCCUCACCGAUGAGGAGAUGCAGUACCUGGAUACCUUCCAAUCGGAGCGGACGUUGCCCUUUCCACCGCUUAAUAAGCACAAAUAUUAUCCAUUUGAUAUCGAGUUUUGAAGUGUUCUCAGAUGAAAGAAGCAGUGCUAGUAGAUAAAAUAUUGUUUAUAACAGGAGAAUUUUGCUUGUGAUAAAUUAGAUUUCUUUUUUGCCUUUCUGCUAGAAAGGUGUAGCAAUCACUUGCAAAACCGACAGUAUAAAAGUGCUCCAAAGGGUCGAAUGGCAUAUAUCACUCGACUCAGCUCGACGAGCUAAGCAUUUUCUGUAUGUAUGUGUGUGUGUAUGUGUGUGUGUAUGUUCAGAUUUUUAUUCUCACUCACUUUUCUCAGAGAUGGCUGGACCGAUUUUCAAGAAAUUAAUUGCAAAUGACAGGUCUUGUUGUCUCAUAAGACCCUAUUGAAUUUUAUUGUAAUCGGAUUUUUAGUUUAGAGGUUAUGUAUCAAAAUGUAAAAAUCAUGAAACAUCAUUAUCUCGAAAACUACACAACCGAUUUGAACAAAAUUGAUUUCAAAUGAACUGGCCACCUUAAAAACCCUUAACUUUUGAAUUUUAUAAAGAUUGAACUUCGGGUUCAGAAGUUAUGAAAAGAAACGUGUUCUGAAGACUGUUUAAUCUCACUCAUGUUUCUCAGAUAUGGCUGGACCGAUUUUCAUAAAAUCAGUGUCAAAUGGAAGGUCUAGUUGCCUCAUAAGACCUUAUUGAUUUGUUUUGCAAUCGGACCCUUAGUUUGCCUGUUAUGCUUAAAAAUGUAAAAUCCAGCUAUUAAAAGUAACAUAUUCCGAAGACUACUUGGACUCACUCUUUUUUCUCAGAGAUGGCUGACCCGUUUUCCACAAAAUUAGUGUCAAUUAAGAAGUCUAGCUACCUCCCUAUUGAAUUUUACUGUAAUCGAACUGUAACUUCGUCUGUAAUGUACCGAAAUGUGAAAAUCACGAAAGUCCAUUAUCUCAGAAACUACACAACCAAUUUGAUCAAUAUUAUUAUCAGAUGAGUGGGCUAGUUAAGGGUUAACUGAUGAAUCAUGAUUAAACACGUGGUUUCAAAGUUUGCCCUAUACGUUUCCAUUUCAUUUAAUUAUAAUCGAACUUAAGCAAACCGGUAUGUAUUAAAUUGCUAAUAAAACAACGAAAGUCUAUUAUCUCAAAGAU